CUCAUGCCUUCAUGAUCAGUAGCCGCAACUAAAUCUUCGCGCAGCACUCUCUCCUGACACUAAUAUCACCUCUUCCUUUCUUACCUUCACAUACCUUUCUUUGCCGUCAGUUAUGGAUUCAUGGCGGAGAUUAACGAGAAAAAUGUUUGGUGCGCGAAAUGUAUCAGGGGACUAUGAGUUACUCGCAGGAGAUACCUCACAUCGUACUGGCACGUCUCCAUCUACCUUUUCAAACAGCAGUACUCGACGUCGAUCAUGGCGCAGCAUUUUCCGUGCUUGCAUUCAAAAGUUUACUAUUCGUCGCUUGCUCAUCGCCAUCGCCCUCAUCCCCGUCGUCCUCGUAAUAGCCAUCCUCUGGCCAGGUAUCCCACCAAGCUACGACGAUAUCCGCCUCUAUGAGAGACGUCUCCCACAACAUGACCUGUCACUAUCCUCACAGGCCAAUCCACCAAACAGGUACCUGCGUUUCCCUGGUCAUUUAUGGGGCCACGGCUUCAACAAUAUUCUCCAAGAAAUUAUCUUGAUGUCCUAUCUAGCAUCCAUCUCAAACAUGUCUUUCGUCUUCGAGGAUUAUACCUGGUCACAUACUCCAUUUCCCUAUACCAUCUAUGAUUUUGCCUUACGUCCUACUCAUGUGCCUAUAAAUGCCUUUAUAUCAGGUCCACCCGCUGGCGGACCCACUCUAGGCCCUAGAGCCAUCAGUGCUGAAUUUUGGGAGAAAGUAUGCCCAAACAAGGAAAAAAAGCGCGUCAUAAGCUCUGAGUACGCACCCAACGAUGCAGAUGGCAUCGUGAUGAUAGACUGGUGGCACAAGGAAUUGGUUGCCACCAAUGAUACCUGCGUAGAGGUAGACUCGACAUCUCACGAUGUUUUCGAUAGAUUUUUCUUUGGAGGCCCACGUUUACUGUCCCUUUGGCCAGAAUUAUCUUCUUCGCCCAUUCUUACGAAUUUCUCGUGGUCACCGCUCGUACUAUCUGCCAUUGCUCGCAACUUCGCGCUUCUUCGCCCUAGCACCCCAGAAAGCCUAUAUGACUUCUCUUCAUCAACUACUUUCAAGGGCAUGGUGGCUGUUCACUUGCGAAGGGGAGAUUACCAGCGGCACUGCCCCAACUUGGCUCUAUGGGGCGCUCUCUACAUGGGCAUGAACGAGCAUCCGUCGCUACCUGACAGAUUCGACCCAAGUCCCUAUUCCGACGCGCCGCACAAAGUUUUGGAGGGAUACUAUCUCGAGCACUGUUACCCAUCCACCAGUCAAAUUGUCGCAAGAUUACAUGAAGUGCGCAAGGAGCACCCCAAUCUCCACCGUGUAUAUCUCCUCUCGAACGGGUGGGCGUGGUGGCUGGACGAGUUGAAGCUGGCGCUGGAAGAGGACGGGUGGGACGAGCUAAUUAGUAGCUUGGAUAUACACCUUGAUGCGGAGCAAUUUUACGUCUCGAUGGCGGUGGACAUGGCCGUUGCUGAGAAAGCCGAAGUGUUCGUUGGGAAUGGCUUCUCUAGCCUUACAUCUAACGUGGUGAUGCUGAGAAUGGCGAAAGAUUUGGACCCCUCUACCAAUCGGUUCCUGUGAGUACCAACGAGAGGGAUGGCAUACAUAAUGCAUGCGGCGGAGGUGAGAGAGGGAGGGAGGCAAGAAUUUUUUAUAGAUAAUUUCUAGUGGACUGAUUUCUACAUCUGAUUGCUACGUUUACAUUAUUACCCCCCAUCGUCAGUGCGUCUGUCAAUGUAUAUUACUGGUGUGAAACCACUGAGAAUUUUGUCAUACAGAUUCUGCCCAAACUCAAAUAAUAGAGACAAAGGAGA